AAUUACACGGCGGGGAUACGCAUCGCACAUACGUUAAGGUCGUGAUAAACCGAUACUGUUGAGCAACGAGCCGCGUGCGGCGCAGUCGCGCGCAUGCGCUGGCAUUUCCCGCCAAACGGCACAGAUACACGCGCGUCCAGGAUAAAGGCACAGAUUAAAAUAAAAUGAAUGUUAAUGUUUGAUGAAUAAAAAAAAAAUUAAUUAAUUUAUAGACUAUUUAAGAAUAUGUGCAGGGAUUUUUUAAUUGACAUUAUUUGUAUGUUAUGAUGAAAUUUAUUGAGUGUUAAUUGUGGUGUGUGCUUUGCGUGAUGUUCUUAAAAUGUGGCUCAUCGGUCUGUUGUUGUUGAUGAACGAGGCUGUUGCUUACAAUUCCACUCUUACAAGACUUGGAGAUGCGUGGUCCCUGCACUACCCCGGCCGCAAGUCGAAUGUUCGCCGUCAACGCGCAUUCCCUUCCUCCACCCCCUUUCCCUGCCAAGAGUCCCUCUCCUGGGGGAGAAGCAAGCAGGUGCCUACGUCAGUACAUAAACUCCGCCCAGGGGAUAUCGAGGUAGUGGCAGCUAUUGGGGACUCCCUCGUGGCGGGUAGUGGAGCGCUAGAGGAGUUCGCGCUGGGAGCCAUAGUGGAAUAUCGGGGAGUAUCGUGGUGUGCUGGCGGAGACAGCACAUGGCGAGAGUACCUGACAUUGCCGAACAUACUGAAAGAGUACAAUCCCAACUUGCGCGGUUACUCCACUGGCACCGGCGAAUGGCUCGCCAAGAAUUCCAAACUGAAUGUCGCUUUUCCCGUAGCUUCUGACCAGGAUGCGUAUAAGCAGGCUAAGAUCUUGGUCGCCCGAAUCCGCUCCUCGCCUGACAUCGACCUGUUGCGCGAUUGGAAGAUGAUAACCGUGUUCAUCGGCGCCAACGACCUCUGCUCCGCGUCCUGCCUCUCCCCCGUGUCCUGGUCGCCCACAGCACACGCCAGGAAGCUGGCCAGAGCGCUGGAUUACUUCCAUGAGCACUUACCAAGGACGAUCGUGAAUUUGAUACCGGUUUUAGACGUGUCGGUAUCAGUGCGCGUGCAGCGGCCGCUCAUGUGCCGUCUGAUGCACCCGCUGUUCUGCGCGUGCUUCCACCGCGGCGGCAACGAGCUGCCCGACCUCGUGCGGCAAGCGCGGCUGUACCAGGCCGCGGAGAUGGCGCUUGUGGACAGCGGUCGGUACGACACUCGUGAGGACUUCACAGUGGUGGUGCAGCCCUUCAUGCGGCUUUUCAACGCGCCGAUGCCGCCGCGGGAGCCCCUGCCGCUGGUCAUACACCAGUCCUAUAUCACACAUGACUGCUUCCACUUCUCGCAGAAGGGACACGCGUUGGCUGCAAAUCUCCUCUGGAACAACCUUCUAGAGCCAGUCGGCAACAAGUCAGACAACGUGCCUCCCGUGCUCAUGCAUUCUUUCAAAUGCCCUUCUAAGAACGCUCCAUACAUCUUUACUCAUAAGAAUUCGCAAAUUUACAUGGCUACUGGCCGCCAAGAAGAGUAAAAAAAACAUUGUCUAUGACA